AUAAUAAAAUUAAGAUUUGAAGAAGCUGCUGCAUUACAUAAAAAUUUUACUGAUGCUGUUGAUGAACUUAAAUUGAAGAAUCCUAGUUCAGAUGAAGUGACGCAAGAUACCCCCUCUGCCGAAGAGAAAGAGAAUGAUACUAAUAAACCAUCUGAACCUCUUGCGCAGGUUUUUCGCUUAUGGGAUCAAAUCAAUAAAAAUGAUGUUACGGAAAAUCUCCAUACUACACACAUGGACCAAUCUCGUAGAGGUAGAGGUCAGAAUCGUGGCGGAUACUGGCCACGUGGUACUCCGAGGCAUGCACCUUAUCAAAAUCAAGCUCAAGGUCAACGUAGACGAGACUGGGGUGCACGUGAUGACAGAGAUUAUAGAGAACGACGUGGAGAUGAACAUUAUAAUAGAGAUCGUCGUGAUGAAUAUCCUCGUAGGGAUUAUGAUCGUAGACAAGAUUUUCGUGGCCCUAAUCCUUCACCAGCUUUUAAUCGUGAAAGACAACAGAUGG